GGUGGUCCGUCAGCCAGUUUGUUUUCGAUCGUUGCUAUAUGCGUUUGCGCCCUAACGUCCCUGAAGAGAGUCCGCGUGGUCUGCUUGUCUGCUUCCGCGUUGCGUGUGCGUUUUGGUGUAUGAUCCUGUGCGUGGAAGGAGUCAAGGAUUCCCCCGCGGUCAAUACAGUUCAUCAUUGCGAGUGAUCGUGUUGUUGAUCAGUGCAUGAAAUGAAGGAGCGGCGCGAGCAACGAAUGCGCUCGGAAUAACCCAUUUCCCCAUUGACCUACUUUGAAACCCGUACACGUGAGGGGAUUGAGUUGGGAAGAUAUUUGUGCUAUCGUUGAACGAUUCAGUGGAUUGAUUUGAGCCGUAGGGAUACAGCGCUCAGGGUGAAUAACCUCAUCCGAAGAGAAGGAUACUGAAGAAUGCUGAUGAUUGGUGUGGUAGAAGCAAGUGGAUGAUUAGGCAAAAUGUCGCUAAUAAAAAUGUGCAACAGGUGUUGAUGGAAGUGGCCUUUCCACUUCCAAUUGAAUACGAUUGAAAUAAAGAACAUUGGGUUGUUAGAAGUGUUUUCAACGAUUGAUUAAAUCACUGCGAAGGUGUCAAAUCGCAGCAAAAGAAAACUUGAAAACUAUCUCGCUCUUGUGGGCUGACCUACAUUACGCCUAUCGAAUUGCUGAAGUUUCUCAGUGAACAUCGACGUCAUCAACACAAGCGGAUUAGUGGCAACGUUCGCCUUGAUCGUGAUUUUCAUUCAUGAGAGCGUCUAUUCGUGAGAGAAAUUGAGAGAAGUGGAGGAAAGCUUCCAUAGGACUGUAGUACGAGGAUUGUAUGGUCUGGUUCGAAGUGUUUACGUAUUGCGUGUGAAAUAUUUUGAAUAUGCGACUCCUACAUCAAGCGACAGUAGUGACAUAGUGAGAUACCCAAUAGCAAACGAGUGGAGUUAUAAACAAAACAAAACAAAAACAGCAGCAGUAGCAACACUGGUGGUAAUACAUUUAUGAAUGCAGAUGACCCGGAUAUUAAAAAUACUGAGACUACACGCUAUUGUUGCGAUUUGCAUUUAAUUGUGUCAAAGCUGCCCGACACAAGCAGCAGUGCUUCUGUGGAUACGUGUUAAUUAGAUUUGCGCGUAGCGGUGGGGAAAAUAGAUAACAAAGAGGAAAAGCCGAUAGCGCGAGCAGUGAAACAAGCGUACACGACCAGUGAUCUGAUUAAGAACCACACCUGCCAGCUUCCCCUCGGCCACACCCGUAUUGUUCCGCUCGUGGCGUCUGUGACACAAAGCUCAGCAUGCGCGAUGCGAUGAGAAAAGCAGGGAAAGCGGAAGAAGUGAAUGAGAAAAAUUAAAAAUGUAUCGGGGUGAACCUAAUAAGAGCAAAACAGCCCACAACAAAUAGAUAGCCUUAAUGCAAACCCCGAAUAUCGUGUGACAACAGUGAUCUAGAUCAUCUAGAUAAGCGUGUGAAUUUAUGUUACCUUGCAGUUCAUAGCAAGCGAAAGUGAAAAGUGUUGAAUCGUGACCCAGAACUGGUUCAUUGCUGGAUACGCAUAAGUGUUCUAAACUUCUAUACAUUAAACGAAAUAAACUGAACAACAUUUUGUACAUAAGCAGCUGACGAAACAGGAGGCUCCCAAAGCAAGGCAGCUUCACUUGGACAUCCCCGAAAAAUAUAUUUUCUUGGUUUCCCAAAUUUUCACCGCCUAUCUGUCUCUGUUGGACCGAAUCUCUAGGCUUGUACAGGAAACCUAUCAAUCCUCUCUAAAACACACACACACACCUCUGUGAGUAUGAAAUGAUCCUUUUCGCGUGAUUAACUUUCUAACCCAUACUAAAUCAAUCGCUAACCCGCUCCAGUGUUUUGCACUAACAUGCGAGAAUCAAAAUUAUACUAACGCUUUCCUCAUCUUGCUACUUCCCCGUAACCCCAGAUUAACACGAACCCGCUGCAACUAUUUCUAUAUUUUUCGGGGAUUCAAAUCCUUUUCUCUGUUCCCAACAAUCGCUCUUCGAAGCAAUAAAGUGACCACCGGAUACAGCCAGCGAAAAACGUUUAAAAUUAAAUUUACAAUAACUCAUCAGACACACGCCCGGAUCGAAGGUUGCGCAAAGUGUACGCACCGGCAGUUGAACAGUGCGCGUGUAACAGUGGAAGCGCCGAGGGAAGGAAAUGAAUAUUUCGACCUGCACCGCUAAUGACCUGUCCGCUGAGGUAGUCUGCAGCACCUGUUGAGACGGACCUGUAACCACUGUCUGUGUGUAUGUCUGCCUUUAAGGUGUGAUCAUGAAGUUCCGAACGUCGCUUCUAACGACAAACGAUUUACCUAGAAUUCGCUGAAGAUUCGUACUGGCGACGAAAAAGGCGCGUGCGAAAAGCGAAACAAACUAUAUUCCCUUAAUACUCACAUGGUCAACUGCAAUAUGAGCAACCAAAACGAUUCCGAGGUUGAGAGUUUGCUGAUGAGUCCCUGCUGGAACCAGUCGUCAAGUGUGCAGGAUCAAUACCUGCUCGAUGGUCACAAGCUGCUACUGGAAGCAGACUUGGAAUCGCUACCGAGCGAUUCCGAAACGCAGAAAAGUUCGAUGGAUGUGUUGGAGAACCUGCUGCUGAACUCGAGUUCGAUUAAUAGCAGCAAUUCGAGUAGCGAUGGGGACGUAAAACCGUUGCCUUCGUUCACCUCCUUCAAUACGGGACACUUAUCUAUCAAUGGAAUAUCAGGGUAUCACUAUACGGCAAUCGCCCAGCGAUUGCCAGAAGAGAACAACAACUACCCACAGAAUUCGUUUCAGAACGGAACGAACAAUGGAAGCAAUGGUGAUAACAAUAUAGUUUCCUCUUCCACUUGUUUGCCGGAUUCAGUGUUGAAUCCGGACAGAAAUGGCGCCGAUAGCUGUCUACAAGAUGUAAAAUUAUUUUCGGACAGUUCAAUUGAUGGCAAAAUCUAUUCGACGAACGCAGAUAGCUGCGUGAUAAGCGGGCCAGCCUCGGUUACAGGAGCGAGAAUAUUCGUCGACUCUAAAGAGCUGUCCGAGUAUGACAUGAGUUCGAUUGAGGAUAUUGCUGCGAUCAUCGGUUCGGCGAUAGCAGACACUACAGUACCGAACAACAAAAUAGAGAAGGAGGACGGUAACGAUACGAGAGAUUCGUGGAUGGAUUUGGAUGCAUGGAUAGAAGGAACCUGCACGACGCCGGACAGUAAAUUGAUUGUAUCCCAACAAGAUAGCCUAAGCGAACUUAUCCUACCUCAUUCUCCCGCGCAUCCUGGUUCAACGCUGCAGAGUUUACUGACGCAUGGAUAUAUGCCCCUGCUCCAGAAUCGACUCCAGAAUGGGCCCCCAAUCAAGAUUGAAACUCCCACCUCAACGUCAUACUGUGGCGAACUAAUAUCGACUUCAACUAGUCCACCGGGUUCGGUAGUAUCCACUACCGACAACCUAAUCCUCAACGGAAGGUACCUGCAGAACCAUCAGAACUUCGCCCUCAGUAUGGGCAUCAAACCGGACGGCCUUUGUAGUCCAGAACUCAUGAGCAAUUACCCGCAUACCACAACAACGACUCCAUCGACACCAAAAAAUAAGCGACGGCCCCACAAACAAUCCAAAUCGAACGGUCAUGGGCAUCAACAGCUGCAGCAGGUUCCAUCGCAGCAAUCUCAGCAACAAUCUUCCUCCCUCCAGCAAUCUCACCAGCAGCAAAUGUCUGCAGCGGCGGCGGCAGCUGCUGCUGCUCAAUCUCAGGCUGCCCUUAGCUUUCAAGCGGCCAGUGAACUCAGUGGUCUACUCGGAAAGGACAAACCGGUACACCGAUGUAAUAUCUGCAACAGAGGCUUCCUUAACAAAAGCAACAUUAAAGUUCACCUGCGAACGCACACUGGCGAGAAGCCUUUCCGCUGCGAAGUCUGCGCAAAAGCGUUCCGUCAGAAGGCCCAUCUCAUCAAGCAUCAACAAAUACAUAAACGAAUCGGGAGGGAUUGACCAUUAACAGCAGUGGUGGUAUCGACGGCAUCUUCCUCCUCCUCCGGCACCGUAUCCGGUCCAGGACGGAAGAGAUCUUCUACCGCCUACUGCGCCCAAAAUAGUAGCACCCUCAAUGGUCUUUUCAACCACCAGCAGCAUUCAAACCACGAACCGCAGCACCACACACACCACCAGCACACGAACCAUCACCUGCCCUCGUCCCUAGUAACGUCCGGUGCCAGUGGGACGACUUCCAACGGAGUGGGACUAUCCAAUGAUGGUUCUAGCUUAAGCAAAAAGUUCCGCUUCGUCCCGUUCACGUGACAAACCUCGAAUACGGGACGAAACUCUGUCGCCGCUGGGGUCGAUUACGUCAAAUCGACCGGUAGCACAUUUGAAACGGUACCUCAUAUUUAGUUUUGUUUUACUCAUUCGUUCCCAAAAACCUUCGAAUACAUCCCAGAGUAUUGUACAUACCAGUUAAUUUAUUAGAGCGAAUCCCAAAACCUGCCAACGUGUACGCAGCGUAAGCGAUAUUGAGAACAGUGUUUAGUCUGUAGGUAAUUUAUUGAAUGAAGCAUCACAAGAGCAUCACCGCGUAAUCCGUCCUGAUCUUAGCAAAAUCUAGCGAAUCGCUCAAAGUUAGAAAUACUUCGGAUAAACAUCAAUGAUGAAUACACGAUUGAAUGAGCGCCAUAAAAUUCUCAUGUAGCAAAUUGAAACUGAAAAAUGAAUGAAGCGAAAGAAACUUUUUAUUUAAAUGGAAUCAAGUAAAACACAAGUGCAAUUUUUAACUUUAAUAUUGUUUUGUUUGUAGGAUUGAGAUCUGCUGUAGUCUGUAAGUGUUUAUCCCUUCCCCUCUUUGCCCCCCGUUUUGUGACAAAAGUGUUGAUAGAUUUAGUAAGCAAGUAUUGUGUACAUAGCUCAGUUCAUAGCUCCCUAAGAGAUCGCAAUCUCUUUUUUAGGAUUGUAUUAUGUAGAUUCUAUAGUUAUGCGUAUUUUUUAGUUAAUAAAAUCUCCCGAAAUUACUCAACUCGAUGUAAAUUAGGCAAUGGCGGAACAGAAUACUUUGGCUCCAAAUAUAAUUUGAGAAGAGAAAUAUUUUACUUUACAAACUGUUACUCCGAGUGUCGAACAAAUCAAUUCGUAAAACAAACAUAUUGGAAUGCAUGUUUCGUUCUGUAAUUUGGCACCUUUAUAACAAGAAUGGAAAACCUCUAAGAAAAUUUAACUUAAUGUAGGUGUACUGUAUUGACUGGUCUCAGCAAUUCAUUUUAAUUUAUUCUCAGCGUAAUCCUUUCGAAUGGCUAGUUCGAUGAGAAGUGGCAGUCUACUAAUCAGUAAGAAAUAAAAUUUACCU